AUGCUAAUCAUUCUCCAACUCUUGGUUUAUCAAAUCUAUUCUGAAUCUAUCUAUUCUGAAUCUAUCUAGAUUCUAACCAAGCAAGAAGCAAUCUUAGAUGUCUUCAGUUCAUCCGAAGUAAUCCUAGAACAACAUUUGAAUGAUUAAAAAUUAUGCCAAAUUGUCCCUUAGCAAUUGGUGGCUCAUGAUAUUGAUGAUAACUCAAUAACCUUGAUUGACAGCUACAAGGAUGAAAUAUUUAGUUAGAACUUUGAGAUUGGCUCCUUUAUAGGGAGUAUAGGAAGAAUUAUUAGAUUUGUGCAAAUCACCAAUGGUGUACUGGUGUUAUUGGAUGAUGCAGAAUUGAAAUACUUAAGUUAUCGCAAUAACUCGUUUCAAGUGAAAUCCUCUUUCAAAAUAGAAAUUGAGAAAUUUGCAUUGGAAGGCAAGGUAUUCUUGGAAUAUUUCUAUUACCAAUAAUAAGUGCUAUUGAUAGCCAAUACCUAAACAAUUGCCUUGGAUUUGAUUUAUGACGAUGAUGAUCUGUACAUAAAGUAAUACAGAAUUUAUGAGCAAUGGCAAAUCUCACACAUCAAUAGCAUUGCAACAGUGGGUAAUAUUAUGAUUGUAGCCAUGGAUACUGGGAUAAAGAUGUUUGAGUUGAAAGAUCAUAUGUUAAAUGAGAUAUUAAUUGCAAUUGACUAGAUUAAUCGUGUUUCUGAUAUCAAGAUCUUCAAUCAAAAGAAUAAUGAGAUAUACUACAUUUAUUUGCUAGAUAAGAUCUAAGGAAUUAAUCAAUAUAUAUUCAAUACGGUUACAUAAGAACUUUAACGUAAUCUGAAUUUGGGUAUUAUACCUUAUCCAGGAGAAAUCCUUGACAUUCAUGGCGAUAUCUUGAUGGUUGUGAAGGACUACAAUUUAUUUGAAAUCCAUGUCGAUUAUUAUUUGAGUCAAUUCACACUUUUUAAAUAGCAUUAGUUAGAAACAGAAAUAGUAGACAUAGAAUUGACUGAAUAGUUUGCUAUUGUAAUUGGUAGGAAUGGCCAUCAAAUAGUGUUUCACUCGAUUCCACCCAUUUAUUCUUAAUUUGAAUGGAUGAAUCAAUUAGUCAUACCGAAUUUGAAACAGCUGAGCAUUUUGUCCUUUAAUAAAGAUACUUAACUCAAAGAGGCAAUUUCUAAGAACAUCAUCAUUGGAAUCACAUAACAUAAAUUCUUUUACUCGAAGGUGCAAUUGGAACAAUCUUUCAUUUAAUGUUACUCAGAUGAAGCCACCUCCAAAAUCGAAUUGCAUUAUACGCAUAAGGCUACGAGAUGUAAAACCAAUUUGAAAAAGAAGGAAUGCAACUUAGAUAAAAGUUAUUAAAUCUAAUUUGUAGAACCUAAAGAGUUUGGAGGAAAUAAGCAAACUUAUUUUCUAAUUGUAUUGCUUUACUUGGCAAUAUUGUUACUAUUUAUUUUAUUUAUCGCUUCCCUAAUUUAUCUCUAUAAGAAGUACCAUGUUGAACCUCAGCCAAAAUUCCACUAAAAAAUACCUGAAACAACUGCUUAAAAUUUGGGGACUGAUCAUCCUAACAAUUAUUAAUUGGCAACAUAGAACAAGUUUGUCCCUCACUCCAGAGAUGAUCAAACCCCAAUUUCUGAAUAGCGGGAUCAGAUGAACCAAAAACUUCAUAACAAUAGACCAGUUACACAAGAGAAUUGUGAUUAAUCUCCUGGCCCUUUUGAAAUCGGUUGA